UAAAAAUUUUCAAAAUUCCAAAUUUGCAAAAUUAAUAUUUCGCCUUUUUUUUCAUUUCAAUUCGGUAAUAAAAUGGCAGCCACAAAUUGGAAUAAAUCUAAAAUCGUUUGCAUUACUGAAGAAAGCUCACCGGCCAUUGAAAAUAGCUUCAGUACAGGUACAGAUCUUUAUGUUGUAAAACUUCAAAACAUGCGUACCAUAAUCGAGGUGCGUCGUUUUAUGUACAGCAAAUUACUUCCAAAUGGUACUAUCCUACCACUUGACUUUUCAACCAACAAUACACAUUUCAUUGAUGAUUAUAUCAACUAUUGUAAGACGUUAGUAGAACCUACACGUAGUGUCUUCCCAACUACAGCACCAAACAUAAUUAUACCAAGAACCAACUUUAUUAAUGUAGAAGAAAAGAGAAAUCAAACAACAUCUAUGGCAAAUAUGUCGAAAGUGAAUGCUCAAACGCAGACAAUAUGUACACGUAGCAUAAGUACUUCAACUGAUCCUGAGAAAAAAGUCAGAUUUGUUUUCCCCAGAAAAAAAACUCGGAAUUGCUGUUCCUCAGACAACGACCUUUUUAAAAGACCAAGGAAGAUGUUAAUCUUUAGAUCAGCAACUAAUUUGAAAAUUGGAAAUAAAAACUGUAAAGGAAAUGCUUGUAAUGAAUCUGAGAGCUGAAUUAGUUCAUUAAGUUGUCAAUAUGUGAACCUUUUGAAAAACAAAAAGAGAUGCAAAAUAUUCAUAAUAAUAAAGAGGUAGCAUUUAAUAUAUCCACCUUUUUUUAUAACAACUGUGUGUAGUAGCUUUCAAAAAUUCUUUCUUAAGUAACCCGCAUAUUAGAGGUACUAUUAAAUUGUUCAUUCCAAUAAAGAUGUUUUUUUCAAAGUGUUAUUCAAAAGUUUAUAGAUAUUGAACACUGCGUGAAAACUGCAUUAUUUAUACUUGAUCUGGAAUAUAAGGCGGAUGAUCUUCAGAUGUGUAUUAAUAUCAUUUGCUUAUUUAUAGAGCAGUAGGAGUCAAUAGGUGGGAAGAAAACAUUCCCCCACCUAGGACGAAAAUAUUUACUUAUUAAGAACUGAUGACGAUAAACAAAUGAUAAACAAUAAACAUUUUUUGGGGGUAUUUUAUAUGCCGGACGCAUUCGUUCAAAUUGCAAAUAAAAAUUUCUGACUGGAAUUCGAUUAAAUUUUAAAUUUCUUUUAAAUUAUGAAAAUUAUUUAAAAAAAGAAAACAAACAUAAUAUAUUACAAAACCGUAAACAAUUUAGUGUGUAAUGCGAAUUUGCGUAACUUUUGACCAUGAUCCGAAUAAACCCGUUCCACGAAAUCUUCAUGAACGACUGAAUGCCCUCUGCACAAUGAGUCCACAACAAAGUCUGAUGACUAGUGAAUUGUGAUAUCAAUUGUUUCGACCAAAAUCU